AUCAACCUAAUUUCUUGAAUGCCGCAUGCAAGAUUGCCACAAAUUUGAAGCCUGAAGAGUUGAUUAAAGAACUCUGGGUUGUAGAGCUAAAUCUGGGACGAUCUCGAGAAAACACUGUCAGGAAUGGUCCAAGAACAAUUGAUUUGGACAUUCUGUUUUAUGAUGAUAUUGACUGUUCAACAAAUACUUUGGUUAUACCACAUCCAUCGAUGUGUGAGCGAGAAUUUGUGUUAAGACCUUUGUGUGACAUCGCAAAAAGGUUUGAACAUCCAAAGCUUUAUAAGACAUGUGAACAAUUGCUUUCUCAACAUCUAAAUUCACCUGAUUAUGAUAAAAACAACAUUGUUCGUAAGGUCUUGCCUAUUCAAAAUUCGAGAUGGAUUUGGAAUUCAAAAACAUAUAUAAUGGGUGUUAUCAAUGUGACUCCUGAUAGUUUUAGUGACGGGGGACAAUUUUAUUCGGUAGAAAAUGCAGUUUCUCACGCGGAAAAAUUAAUAGCUGAGGGUGCCGACAUUCUUGACAUUGGUGGAAUGUCUACGAGACCAAAUGCUGAUGAAAUUCCCGUUGAAGAGGAACUUUCACGUGUUAUUCCCGUCAUACAAGCAAUUCGUUCGAAGGGGAUUACAGAUAUACCUAUCUCUAUCGACACUUAUCGUGCAGUAAUUGCGGAGAAAGCGAUAGCAGCAGGUGCCAAUUUAAUCAAUGAUGUUUCCGGUGGUCAAUUGGAUCCGGAUAUGUAUCGUAUCAUGGCAAAAGCCAAUGUUCCAAUAUGUCUUCAACACAUGCGAGGGAACUCUAAAACUAUGUUAAAGCUUACUCAAUAUGAAGAUAUCAUAACAGAUAUAUGUUCGGAACUUUUUGAGCGAGUUGAUCGAGCCAUCGAAGCUGGUGUCAAACGUUGGAAUAUAAUUAUCGAUCCUGGUAUAGGUUUUGCAAAAGAUCACGAACAGAAUUUUCAAAUACUUAAGCGAUUACAUGAACUUACGGGAAAGAACAGCCCAUUUGAAGGAUUUCCUUGUCUUGUGGGACCAUCUCGUAAAGGAUUUAUUGGCGAGGCAACGAAGCAACCGAAUGCAAAAAAACGUGGGUGGGGUAGUGCAGCAGCAUGUACAGCCUCAAUCGCAGGCGGUGCUGAUAUAUUAAGAGUCCACGAAGUAAAGGAAAUGGUUGAUGUUGCCAAGGUUUCAGAUC